AAGUAAAAAGCUACUGCUGUAGUCUUGCAUUUUAUGGAAAAACUGGAGUUAAGGUAUCCUAGAACAGGCGACUGUUACAUCUUGUGUGUAAAACUAAUAUGACAAAAUCAGUUCAGAAAUUAAUUUAAAGAUUGCAACUGUCUUUUCCUCAGUCUAAGUGCUUUUACUUUGGGCUAGGUAACUUAAUCAUUCUGAUUUGAUUUCACUGUACCUCCUAUGGGGCUUAUUCAAACUGAGUCAGCCUGUGCCUGUUUGGCUAAACUAUUAUCUAAACUCACUGCCUUGCAUAAAGAAGGCUUUAAGGAUCCCUAGAAUAUGUUUGCUUUCCUAUUCCCUUGGAGGAUGUAGCUGGGUUCUUCAAGCACAAGUUUGCAGACCUACAGGUUGUAUGGUUGGACCCUGGAAAUGGGAUGUCAGUCCCAUUCAGGGAGCAUAAAGGAAGAAAGAAAAUCUCCCAGUUGCUGCUGCUGUGACAGCGAGUGAGAGCAAGAGCAGGAAAAUGUCGACAGUCACAUCAGCAAUCCAGGCUCCUCAGGGCCCUGUGAAUCCGCCGCCUCCGGAGGUCACUAAUCCUAAUAAGCCUGGCCGGAAGACCAAUCAAUUGCAAUAUAUGCAAAAUGUUGUGGUAAAGACCUUGUGGAAGCAUCAGUUUGCUUGGCCUUUCUACCAACCUGUUGAUGCAAUUAAAUUGAAUUUGCCGGAUUAUCACAAAAUAAUAAAAAACCCCAUGGACAUGGGGACGAUCAAGAAGCGCCUGGAACAUAACUAUUACUGGAGUGCCAGUGAAUGUAUGCAGGAUUUCAACACCAUGUUUACAAAUUGUUACAUUUAUAACAAGCCCACAGAUGACAUCGUCCUCAUGGCCCAAGCCCUGGAGAAGAUAUUUCUGCAGAAGGUUGCCCAGAUGCCUCAGGAGGAGGUCGAAUUAUUACCCCCAGUUCCUAAAGGCAAAGGUCGUAAGCCGUCAGCGGGCACGCAGAGUGCAGCAGCGCAGCAAGCAGUGGCCGUGUCUUCCGUCUCCCCGCCGGCCCCGUUCCAGAACGUCCCUCCAGCCGUGUCUCAGACGCCCGUCAUUGCUGCCACCCCUGUGCCAACCAUCACUGCUAAUGUCCCGCCUGUCACUGCCCCUCCCGCCGCUGCUCCCCCUCCGCCUGCUGCUCCGAUAAUGCCCGUGGUGCCUCCUACGCCACCGGUAGUCAAGAAAAAGGGAGUGAAGCGGAAAGCAGACACAACAACCCCCACCACCUCCGCGAUCACUGCCAGCCGAAGCGAGUCACCCACGCCCCUCUCGGACCCCAAGCAGGCCAAGAUCAUCGCUCGACGGGAGAGCGGCGGCCGGCCCAUCAAACCACCAAAGAAAGACCUUGAAGACGGAGAGGUCCCCCAGCAUGCAGGGAAGAAGGGCAAACUCUCUGAGCACCUCAAGUACUGUGACAGCAUUCUCAAGGAGAUGCUCUCGAAGAAGCAUGCAGCCUAUGCAUGGCCCUUUUACAAGCCUGUUGAUGCAGAGGCCUUGGAAUUACAUGACUAUCAUGAUAUUAUCAAACACCCCAUGGAUCUCAGUACUGUUAAAAAAAAAAUGGACAGUCGGGAAUACCAGGAUGCACAAGGUUUUGCAGCAGAUAUUCGGUUAAUGUUCUCUAAUUGUUACAAGUACAAUCCUCCAGACCACGAAGUGGUAGCGAUGGCCAGGAAGCUCCAGGAUGUCUUUGAGAUGAGGUUCGCAAAGAUGCCGGAUGAGCCUGCAGAGGCCCCACCUCCGCCUCCGCCAACAGCACCAGUGGUGAGCAAAAGCACAGAGAGCAGUCACAGCAGUGAGGAGAGCUCUUCCGACUCGGAUAGCUCGGACUCGGAAGAAGAGCGAGCAACUCGGCUGGCGGAGCUCCAGGAGCAGCUAAAGGCCGUCCAUGAGCAGCUAGCUGCAUUGUCACAAGCGCCAGUGAACAAACCAAAGAAAAAAAAAGAGAAGAAGGAAAAAGAGAAGAAAAAGAAAGAUAAAGAGAAGGAAAAAGAAAAGCACAAAGUAAAAGCUGAGGAGGAGAAGAAACCCAAGGUGGCUCAACCACCAAAACAAACCCAACAGAAGAAAGCCCCAGCUAAGAAAGCAAACAGCACAACCACAGCUAACAGGCAGCCCAAGAAAGGAGGCAAACAGGCAUCUGCAACCUACGAUUCAGACGAGGAGGAGGAAGGUCUGCCCAUGACCUAUGAUGAGAAGCGACAGCUCAGCUUGGACAUCAACCGCCUGCCUGGGGAGAAGCUGGGCAGGGUGGUGCAUAUCAUCCAGUCGCGGGAACCUUCCCUCAGAGACUCCAACCCUGACGAGAUAGAAAUAGAUUUUGAAACAUUGAAGCCCACAACUUUACGAGAACUGGAGAGAUACGUGAAAUCUUGUUUACAGAAAAAACAAAGGAAACCAUUUUCUGCAAGUGGAAAAAAGCAAGCAGCAAAGUCAAAAGAAGAGUUAGCUCAGGAAAAGAAGAAAGAACUAGAAAAACGAUUACAGGACGUCAGUGGGCAGCUAAACAACAACAAGAAACCUGCAAAAAAAGAGAAAUCCGGCUCAGCUCCCUCCGGAGGCCCUUCCCGGCUCAGCAGCAGCAGCUCCUCCGAGUCUGGGAGCAGCAGCUCCAGCGGCUCCAGCUCAGACAGCAGCGAUUCGGAAUGAGUUACGGACACUUACACACAAAACACAAAAUGGACAUCACCCUCACCGAUGCUCUGCAGUGUUCCUUUCUCUCCUUAAUAUACUGCUCUUGUUCCACGGUGGUCAGGUUUUUUUUUCUCUCUCUUUCUCUGACUUUUUUAUUUUAUUUUUUAAUUCAGUGUUAUAAAAGGUAUCUUCCAUUUUUUUGGGGGGCGCUCUUUUAAUAGGUCAGAGAUCUUUGCGUGUGUGUGUGUGACUAGACUUUAUGACAAAUAGUUCCCUUUGCAUAAAGUCUCUAAAAUACAUUUUAACUGAAGAUUGGUUGAAAAUGGAAGAACUUUGAACUCUUAGCAGGAGAUAAAUAGAAAGUUCUGCAAGGUUUGUAGUACAUUUCCCUCCUGCCCCUUCCCUCUCCCCAGAAUGUUCUCUUUUAAUAAGCCUGCCUGGCUCACACAAGGUAAAAAAAAAAAUCUUUUUUUAAAGAAAUCUCUGUAAAAUGGUACUGUAUCUGAAAGAUGUUAGCUUUUGAACUAGUUGGUGUAUUUGUUAUUAGCACUAGUAUUCUUAAUCUCGAAGUCUACAGUGUGAUGAAAAUGUCAGAUGCUAUCAUCUUUUUACAUAAAAACAAAACAAAAAAAUUCUCAUGUACUGUGGAUUGCUAACAUGCUUUUUUUUUUUUAAUCUUGGUAGAGGCAUAGGCACCUGUUCAGGAAGGUAUUUAAGCAUGAAUUUAACUUUAAGCACAUGAGCAAUAUAAGUGGUUGCAUUUUUUUGUUUUUCCACUCAAAAUUUUCAUUUUUCUUGGGGAUACAUUGGGAAGAAGGGAGCAAGGGACACUCAAGUUUCUUGGGAAUGUUAUUUUUAACAUCAAAUAGAUAAUUUCCAGGAAAUGGACACUCUCUAUGAAAGUUUUCAUCUAAUUGAAAACAGGUUUUGGCUGAAAGUUCUCAGCCGGACCUCAGAGUGAUUCCUGCCGAGUGACCAAGGCAAGUCAUGUGCUCGUUGUUAGACACAUGCUUAAGUAUUUUCUCCAUGACAAGCACCUCAGUCUGGGCUUAAAAUAAAGGAGCACUUGAGCUCCAGCUGAGGCUGAGCUGGCAGGGGAAUUGGAGAGGGAUGUUGUGUGUGUUUGGGUUUGGUGGUUUUUUUUUUUUUCCCCUCUCCUUAUCGUUUCAGUAGUGAGCUCCUAGAAAGGGAAUGCUGCUUCUGUGUCAUGCAGGGUGCAGGUUUCCAGACACUGAAAUGCUUACCUCAAUAAAAAGAAAAAAGAGGGGAGGGAGAAAAAAAGAAAAGAGACAAUUUUUUUAAGGCUUGCCAUUUUUUGAGUCCAGCCUAAUGUUUUGACCUGCACUGCUGCAAUACACUCUGUUUUCACUGUCCCUAAUUUCAUGUAUAUACAAGUACUUUAUUUAUUAAACAUCAUUGGUCAUUUAAAACCUAAUUAAAAAAAAAAAAACACAAAAGCAAAGCUGCAUUAUGCAGACCAGCAGAAAUGCAGAUUUUUAAUGUGGUUUGAACCAGAUUUAAAAAAAAAAACAAACAGCCAACAACAAAGCAAAUAAAUCUGAGACUUUAUUUAAAUACAUUGGACUUUAUACCUACAGGUGCUACAGUCCAGUCUAUUGUGUGUCU